AUGGACAGCUCAGAAGAAAGAAACCAGACCUCUUUGCCCAGGGAAUUUAUUUUAAUAGGGCUCACAAACCAUACACAUAUAAAAAUUGUACUUUUUGUUGUAUUUACCAUUAUUUACACAGCAGCUAUGAUCAGCAACCUGCUUAUUAUUGUCCUGGUCAGAGCAGACUCUCGCCUCCACACACCCAUGUAUUUCUUCCUUUCCAACUUCUCCAUCUUGGAGGUGUGCUAUACAUCCACUGUGGUGCCCCAGAUGUUGUCUCACAUCCUUUCUGAAAGGAAGACCAUUCCACUUGUCCGCUGUGCCAUGCAACUCUGCCUCUUCCUCUCCUUUGGGAUUACAGAAUGUUUUCUUCUUACCAUCAUGUCAUAUGACCGCUACGUUGCCAUUUGUCGUCCACUGCAUUAUAGCCUCAUCAUAACCAAGCAGGCAUGCAUUGCACUAGCUCUUGCUUCUUGGGCUGGUGGCUUCAUUAUUUCAGUCAUCAAUACUGCAUUCACUUUGCAACUUUCAUUUGCUGGCCACAAGAUAGACCAUUUUUUCUGUGAAAUGCCAGCCAUGAUGAGAGCGGCUGAUGGAGAAGUACAGCAAGCCAAGAUAUGCAUGCUCAUAUCCGCUGUGUUUACUUUGAUCUUACCCCUUCUAUUAGUAGUUGUGUCUUAUGCUUGUAUUCUCUACACCAUUCUUGACAGCCACUCAAAUGCAGGAAGACGCAAGGCAAUUUCCACUUGCUCUUCGCACCUGGCUGUUGUUACCCUCUUCUUUGGGGCUGUCAUUUCCAUGUACUUGAGACCAAAAUCCAGCUCUUCAAUGACAAAUUCCAAAAUGUCCUCUGUAUUUUACAUUGUUAUCACUCCUGCACUCAACCCAAUUAUAUACAGUUUGAGAAAUAAGGAGAUGUUGCAGGCUCUGAAGAAAGUGAUGAAUGUAUCGAAACAGAUGAACUAA